UAUAUAUAUAUAUAUAUAGAGCAGACCAGAAGAGAACAAGACAGAACAGUGCUUCGGGGUUCGUCUGUUCCUGGCUUGGUUGUUCAACAAGCCAACGGUUGUGUGAGUGUGUGUGUGUCACGGGAAAUCGGAAGAAGAAAAAGAAAACUGGCUGCUGCUGCUGCUGGUUGAGUGAUGUUGAGUGCUGUGGUGUGAAGAAAGAGAGAGAGAAGGGUUUUUCGUCCAUUUUUUUGUUUGUUCUCAAAGUGAGAAUACCCGAGGCAGGUUUCCGUUUUUUCAUAAAUCGGAAAGGAUGCGUGGGAUUGCGACGAUUUCAGCGACGUCUGAGAAAUUCGCCAUUCCGGAUCAGUACGAGAGCAUCGCCACACACACCAACAAGGGCGUGGAGUUCCUGGAACGCCUCGGGCACUUUGUGCGAGACAGGAGCAACGUCGAGAUUGAAUACGCUUCCAAAUUAAGAAAUGUUGAUCCCGCUUCAAACUAA